CCUUUUCCAGGAAAAUACCCAGGCAGAAUAUGAUUUAGUAAUUUUUUAAGAAUCUUAAAACCUCAGCCUUAUAUUCUAGACUGCAAAUCUAUAGCAGGGUAUGUUUUAUGCAGGUAUUUAAUUUCAGAUAUGAAAAAUUAAUUUUAUGAUCUCUGUCUCGUCAUGAGUCCAUCGAGCGAUGUAGAGACUAUACGGUGCUUGCUUUGUCGUGGAGUUGUUUGUUUCUCUGCUGAGGAUGAUUCAAGGUACAAGGAUCAUCUGAGUAUAGAGCACCGUGUCUACUACUACGUUUCAUGGAUCCUUGAGAAAACUGUAGAAGAGAACGCAAAGGAAGAUGGGCUAUCAAGUUCUUCCCCUGUUCUUCCAAGUGUAACAAUCACACCUGUAAUCAAGAAUAAACCAACCAACGGUAUUCUCCCAACCCGACUCCAUCCUGUCAAACUAGAGUUAGAGGAUGAGGAACAAGAGGAAGAUUCUCCAGAUAUGUCAAUAUUCCCGGUCAGUGGGUUUCAGGACCAGGAGUAUGACGCCUUCCCACAGGACGAAUCCUACAACGAGGAUGGACUCUUAACCGAGGACGGAGAAGAGGAGAUAGGGAUCAAAGAGGCCAAGAUAAUUACGAUCAGGGUGGAAGGGCAAAGAAUGGGCGGAAAGAAAAUGUACAAAUGUUCUCUUUGUCCAAAUAUUAAACCCUGGCCGACUAUACAUAAAGCAGAGCGGCACAGGAUCACGCAUAUACCCCUUGCCUUUAGAAAGAUGUUCCAAUGCCCACAGUGUAAGGAAAGGUUUAUUAAGGAGAAGAAUGUAAAGCGUCACAUAGACUCCGGGUUAUGCCAGGGACCGAAGGAGCACCCCUGCACCGUGUGUGGAGAGAUCUACGAGAGUAAGUUUGAUCUUCAAUUGCAUGAAGAGAACCAUGAACAGCUUCUCAAGCGACAUAGAUGCAAUCUCUGCGGAGCAAAGUUUAAUAAGAUGAAAUAUCUUAAUAAACAUAUUCUCUCCCAUAGCAACCGUAAACCCUACAAAUGUGAUAUAUGUGGGAAAUCUUUUAAGAGCGAGUAUUACGUGAAAACGCACAGAAACGCGCAUUUGAAUGAGAACUACGAGAGCAGCGGAACCAUGGAGAACAGUAACCUGGAAGAUUUUGAGUUCGAGGAGCAUCUCCGACCUCAGAUAGAUCUGAUAGAAGAGGAUCCUCCAGACCCUGACUCCAGUCUCGAACUUGAGGCUGAGUAAACCUCGUAUUCUUACAAAAGCCAAGUGUUAUGUUCCAAAUCUUACAUUCCAAAGAAAAACUGCUGAAACCAAAAAUCUAAUCUAAUCAAUAAUCCAGUGCAAUUCUAUUCAAUACAAGUUUUAUUGCCUAAA